AUGGCGGUGACCGUUGCCAUUGUCGGGACUUGUGACACCAAGUUGGCCGAGCUGCUGUUUCUUCGCGACGAGAUUGGUAAACAUCCCGAGGUCAAGACCCUCCUUAUAGACGUCGGUCGCAAGCCCGUCGCCCACGAUGCCGUCGACGUCUGCGUAUCAGACAUGCUGCUCAAGCACGCGGGAGGGGCCGAGGACACUGAGCGAACACGCGGGCAAUUUAUUGAAACGGUAUCCGACUGCACAACCAAGUUGAUACGGGACAUGUUCACCAAGGGCUCCAUCGAUGGCGUCAUCUCGGCAGGAGGAUCUGGCGGCACCGCCUUGGCUUCGGCCGUGAUGCGCCAAGCGCUUCCCAUCGGAUUCCCCAAGUUCAUCGUGUCGACGAUUGCCAGCGGCGAUACAGGUCCCAUCAUCGGCGAGACCGACAUCACCUUGAUGUACUCUGUCGUCGAUGUUGCUGGUCUGAAUCAAGUACUCCGCGACAUUUUGGCCAAUGCCGCCGCCGCCAUCGCUGGAGCCGCGUCUUCGUACUCGAUGCGAAGAGAGCAGCGACCACGGGAAUCGCCCGCCAAGAAGCGAGUCGCCAUCACCAUGUUUGGGGUCACGACGCCGGGGGUAGAUGCCAUAAGAAGGUUUUUGGAAUCCCGCUUUCCGAUUGAAACGUACGUCUUUCACGCGACGGGCCACGGGGGGAGGGCCAUGGAGCGCCUCAUUCGCAAUGGCCAAAUAGAUGCCGUGAUUGAUCUCACAACUACCGAGAUUUGCGAUUUCAUCAUGGGAGGGCAAAUGUCUGCUGGAGACGAGAGGCUUGACGCCGCCAUAGAAGCGGGAAUUCCCAACAUCGUAUCACUCGGCGCCUUGGACAUGGCCAACUUUGGCCCAAAGGCAUCCGUGCCGGCCAAAUACCAGCAUCGAAGGCAGGUAGAGCACAACCCCAUCGUGACGCUUGUUCGAUCAUCCGAGAGCGACUGCAGGUCCAUUGCAGAGUUUAUUUGCGACAAGUUGAAAGCGUCAAAAAACACCGCCUUGACCCAGGUUUGGAUUCCUAAAGGUGGUGUGAGCAUGCUGGCUGUUCCCGGCGGCCCCUUUUACGAUGAAGCCGCAGACGCUGCCCUGUUUGACACCAUCAAGGCCAAUUUAGCGCAGACGGGAAUCAAGGUGGUGGAGGAGCCGGGACAUGUUAAUGAUUUGCAAUUCGCGACACAUGUGGCCGAGGCUCUCGUAGAGAUGAUGCAAUUAGCUCAUUAA